CUCCAGAUGGGCCCGUCUUCCAUGAGACAGGGAAGGGAAAUGUCUGUGAUGGAGCCAGCUCAGAUGCCAGUGACCUUCGAGGAGGUGGCUGUGUAUUUCACCCAGGGGCAGGGGGCUCUCCUGGACCCUGCUCAGAGAGCUCUCUACAGGGACGUCAUGCAGGAGAACUACGAGACGGUGACCUCACUGGGAUUCCCCCUUCCCAAACCUGAGCUGAUCGCCCGGCUGGAACGAGGGGAAGAGCCCUGGGUUUCUGAUCUCCAAGUCUGCGAGGAAAGAAGGCUUCUGAGAAGCACCCGUACAGCAGGUGCUGAGCGAGGGAGUGAGAAUGAGGCGGGGAAUCAUCAUGAGGAAGUUCCUGGGGAACUGGAACCACAGGGGACCUUUGUGAGAAGAGCUGAAGGGAAUUUUUCCCAGUGCUUGGAGCAGGCAGAAGCCUGGGGAAGUUGGCACAGGUCAGAGAGGCUUCUGGGACACCUCCCAGGGAAGAAAGUGGAUGAAUCUGUUAACGGUGGGGGAGGAGAGGAGGAUCCCACAGCGCCGCAGACAAAUCCCAAGAAAGAGACACCCUGGCACUACCUUCAGUCUCUCGAGUGCGGGAAAUGUUUCAUAUCAAAGACACAAAUAAUUAGACAUCAGUUAAGCCACACAGGGGAGAGACCCCACAACUGCUUGGACUGUGGAAAAAGUUUAAUAAGAAAGUCAAACCUUGUUAAACAUCAGGCAUUACAAACAGGAGCGAGACCCCACAAGUGCUUGGACUGUGGGAAAAGUUUCACAAGAAGGUCACACCUUGUUUAUCAUCAGGCAAUCCACACAGGAGAGAGACCCCACAAGUGCUUGGACUGUGGGAAAAGUUUCAUACAGGGGUCAGACCUUGUUAAACAUCAGGCAUUACACACAGGAAAGAGACCCCACAAAUGCUUGGACUGUGGGAAAAGUUUCAUACAGAGGUCACACCUAGUUCACCAUCAGGCAUUACACACAGGAGAGAGACCCCACAAGUGCUUGGACUGUGGGAAAAGUUUCAUACAGAGGUCACACCUAGUUCGCCAUCAGGCAUUACACACAGGAGCGAGACCCCACAAGUGCUUGGACUGUGGGAAAAGUUUCAUAAGAAGGUCACACCUUGUUAAACAUCAGGCAAUCCACACAGGAGAAAAACCCCACAAGUGCUUGGACUGUGGGAAAAGUUUCAUACAGAGGUCACACCUAGUUCGCCAUCAGGCAUUACACACAGGAGCGAGACCCCACAAGUGCUUGGACUGUGGGAAAAGUUUCAUAAGAAGGUCACACCUUGUUUAUCAUCAGGCAAUCCACACAGGAGAGAGACCCCACAAGUGCUUGGACUGUGGGAAAAGUUUCAUAGAGCGGUCAGACCUUGUUAAACAUCAGGCAAUCCACACAGGAGAAAAACCCCACAAGUGCUUGGACUGUGGGAAAAGUUUCAUACAGAGGUCAGACCUUGUUAAACAUCAGGGAAUCCACACAGAAGAAAGACCCCACAAGUGCUUGGACUGUGGGAAAAGUUUCAUACAGAGGUCACGCCUAGUUCGCCAUCAGGCAUUACACACAAGAGAGAGACCCCACAAGUGCUUGGACUGUGGGAAAAGUUUCAUAGAGGGGUCAGACCUUGUUAAACAUCAGGCAAUCCACACAGGAGAAAGACCCCACAAGUGCUUGGACUGUGGGAAAAGUUUCAUAAGAAGGUCACACCUUGUUCAACAUCAGGCAAUCCAUACAGGAGAGAGACCCCACAAGUGCUUGGACUGCGGAAAGUGUUUCAUAUGGAGGUCUGACCUUAUUAAACAUGGAAGAAUCCACACAGGAUCUAAACUUCUGUGACACGUGUCAAGAAAGGUUUAAGCAACUUGCAUGUAAUUGACUCAGGGUCAACGUUUAGAGAGAGAUUUUAAAAGUGUGUCCACCUUAGAUAGCUAGAGAUUGAAAUGUAAAUGUGUAUUUUCAAAGACUUGGAAGAAGAGGGCAAGUCAUGUCUGGGUAACCUAAUUGCCUUCUAUGACGAGAUAACUGGCUCUGUGGAUGAGGGAAAAGCAGUGGAUGUGUUAUUCCUUGAUUUUAGCAAAGCUUUUAUAUGAUCUCCUACAGAAUUCUUGCCAGCAAGUUAAAGAAGUGUGGGCUGGAUGAAUGGACCAUAAAGUGGAUAGAAAGCUGGGUAGAUCGACGGACUCAACUGGUAAUGACCAAUGGCUCCAUGUCUAGUUGGCCGCCGGUAUCAAGAGGAGUGCCCCAAGGGUCGAUCCUGGGGCCGGUUUUGUUCAGUAUCUUCAUUAAUCAUCUGGAGGAUGAUGUGGACUGCACCCUCAGCAAGUUUGCAGAUUACACUAAACUGGGAGAACUGGUAGAUACGCUGGAGGGUAGGGAUAGGAUACAGAGGGACGUAGACAAAUUAGAGAAUUGGGCCAAAAUAAAUCUGAUGAGGUUCAACAAGAACAAGUGCAGAGUCCUGCACUUAGGAUGAAAGAAUCCCAUUCACUGCUACAGACUAGGGACCGACUGGCUAGGCAGCAGUUCUGCAGAAAAGGACCUAGGAGUUACAGUGGAUGAGAAGCUGGAUAUAAGUCAACAGUGUGCCCUUGUUGCCAAGAAGGCUAAUGGCAUUUUGGGCUGUAUAAGUAGGAACAUUGCCAGCAGAUCGAGGGACGUGAUCGUUCCCCUCUAUUCAACAUUGGUGAGGCCUCAUCUGGAGUAUUGUGUACAGGUUUGGGCCUCACACUAAAAGAAGGAUGUGGAACAAUUGGAAAGAGUCCAGCGGAGGGCAACAAAAAUGAUUAGGGGGCUGGAGCACAUGACUUAUGAGGAAAGGCUGAGAGAACGGGGAUUGUUUAGUCUACAGAAGAGAAGAAUGAUGGGAUAUCUGGUAGCUACUUUCAACUACCUGAAAGGGGGUUCCAAAGAGGAUGGAUCUAGACUGUUCUCAGUGGUACCAGAUGACAGAACAAGGAGUAAUGGUCUCCAGUUGCAGUGGGGAUAGUUUAGGUUGGAUAUCAGGAAACACUUUUUCACUAGGAGGUUGGUGAAGCACUGGAAUCGGUUACCUGGAGAGGUGGUGGAAUCUCCUUUCUUAGAGGUUUUUAAGGUCAGGCUUGACAAAGCCCUGUCUGGGAUGGUUUAGUUGGGGAGUGGUCCUGCUUUAAGCAGGGGGUUGGAGUAGAUGACCUCCUGAGGUCCCUUCCAACCCUGAUAUUCUAUGAUUCUAAGAGGGGUAACUGUAGUAGUCUAUGUUUAGCUAUCCAAAGUGUUCCUGUAUUCUGUUAAAUCAGGGAUCAAUAAUUCAGUGAUUAUGCCCAUGUCCCAUGCCACUUGCCCAAUUCCAGCUCAGUCUCUUUGAAUUCGCUGGGGGUAGGGGCUGAAGGAUGGAGGGAAAGUUUAUAGCUGAAAUUUUGCAAGGUUAGUGUUAAUCGGAUCUGUUCCGCUUUCCUGCUCGGACAUUUUCUCUGGGGAUCCCAGAGACGGAAAGGAGCAGGUGUUACUAUCUUGAGUCCGCAUCCCCAUGGUGACUCUCUACGCUAUCAAUUAUGAAAAUGUGGGCAGAGCAUCCCAAUGGAGGCACAGGAAUGUGUCAGGGGAGGCACGAUCUGUGUGGGUUGUUGGUUUUUUUUUUUUAAAGAGCACUGGCUUUCAGCCCCAGUUGGCUGGGGCUCAUGAGGAAGGAACAGGCCUAUCUGGGAGGUGGGGAUAAAUGCUCAGGCUCUCAAACCCAGGUGGAGCAGCAGCACAGAAGUCGGGGUGGCAAUGGGGUGAUAAGUCUGCUGUGAACAGCGAUAUUGAGGAAUAUCACUCUUCACGUGGCCACCCUAACUUCUGUGCUGCUGUUGGAGGCCUUCAGAGCUGUGCACAUCGCCAAUGACUACUCUGCCUUUAGAGCUGGGUGGUGAUAUAUGUGCUUUUCAAGGUGGGGGCGUAAAUGACCACAGACACCAAGGUGGGGGUGGCAAUGAAACACAUCUGAGAACCACUGGUCUACACUCUUAUGGGCACCACGUUUAUAAAAUGAUAAAUCUUCUGCAAAGUAUGGCUUGUGAGGUAUCAUGGGAAAAGUCAUCAUCUGCUGAAUAUUAUUGUCCCAUUAAAAUGUGUCUAUCAGCACUGUC